AUGGAGAGUGGAAUGAUAUCAGUGGACAAAUGGAGUUCCGGCAGCCAAGUCUACUUCUUGACCCACCUCCAUGCUGAUCACACCGUUGGUCUCUCCUCAAAAUGGAAACGGGGCCUCCUUUACUGCUCUCGUGAUACAGCCAGGCUUUUCCCCACCAAGUUUCCGGAUUUUAAUCUUUCGCUUAUCAGGGUCGUGGAAAUCGGCUGCUGGCACUCUCUUUCUUUGGUAUCCCCUACCUCUGGCUCCGCCACUACUGUAUAUGUCAUGGCCAUUGACGCGAAUCAUUGCCCUGGUUCCGUUAUGUACUUGUUUCGCGGUGAAUUUGGCUGCAUGCUUUAUACUGGAGACUUUCGCUGGGAAAAAUCAAGAAACACGUUUGAGGUUGGAAGAACCAUGCUGCUGAAUGCUCUCAAGAAUGAGAAGCUCGACAUUCUGUACUUAGACAAUACUUACUGCAAUCCAAGAUUCUCUUUUCCUUCUCGUGAAGUUGCAGCUAGGGAGAUUGUUGAUAUCAUCACUGCUCAUCCAGAACAUGAUAUAAUUAUCGGAAUUGAUUCAUUGGGCAAAGAAGAUCUUUUGCUCUAUAUAUCUCGCACGUUGAACAUGAAGAUUUGGGUGUGGCCGGAACGCUUGCAAGUUAUGCAUCUUCUUGGAUUCCCUGAUGUCUUUACAACUAAAACCUCUCUAACCAGAGUUCGUGCUGUUCCUCGUUAUAGUUUUAGCAUUGAAACUUUAGAAUGCCUCAAUACUGUCCGCCCUACUAUAGGAAUUAGGCCAUCUGGGCUUCCAUGGGCUAUGAAAGCCGUUAAAGCAAAUGGGAAUGUGUUUGGAUCCUCUCGUUCGACAUCUGGCCUCAACAAGAGCAAUGAGAAUACGGAUAUUGCCAAUGGUUCACAGACACAUGAACCAAAUGAAGAUUUAAGAAGCGUUGAAAAAUCUCAUGAAUAUAUAUACACAGUUCCGUACUCUGAUCAUUUGUGCUUUGCUGAGAUACAGGAGUUCAUUGAGCUUCUCCGGCCAAUCAAGAUCAAAGGCAUCGUGUCUUCACUCUCCUUUAAUAUUGACCCCUGUUAUUUCUUUCGACACCUUUGUGGAACAAAGCAAGCGAUUUGGAGGUUACACCAGACGCUUGAUAAUGAUGAGAGGCUUGAAAAAGUUGGAACUGUUGACAUCAAAUCUACAAUACCUGGUUCUUUUAGUGUUGCAGGAAGGAAAAGAAAGAAAGUUCAAUUAGUAAAUAGGGUUAGCUUAUUAAGGAAAUUAGGCCAUGGUGUUAGAAUUGCUGAUAGUUAA